GUGGGUGUCUUGCUCUGCUGCCUGCGUUUGCUUACGUGUGUUUGCCCUUGCGUAUGUUCUUUCGUACGUGCGCGUGUUUGCUCUUGUGUGUGUUUGCUGUCCUGCGUAUCUGCCUGUGCGUAUGCCCACGUGUGUGUGUGUGUCUUGACGUGUGUGUUGGGUAACACAGGAGGAGCUGACAAACAUCAGAUGGACGCUGAGCUAAGGAAAGAAAUGAUGGCCAUUUGGCCCAACCUCUCUCAGAAGAACCUAGACCUGCUGGUCACGCCACACAAGUCCACAGACCUGACAGUGGGGAAGAUCUACGCUGCCAUGAUGAUCAUGGAGUAUUACAGACAGAGCAAGGCCAAGAAGCUCCAGGCCCUACGCGAGGAGCAGAACCGAACACCGUUAAUGUUUCAGCGCAUGGAGCCGGGGAGGCCCCGACGGGACGGGGGAGGAGGGAUGCCAGGGGUCAACGGCCUCCCCGCCACACAGCACGACCCCAACAGCAUACCUCCAGAGGGUGGGAUGACAGAGAGCCAGUCGUGGGUAACAGCUAAAGCUCAGGAGAUGUUUAACAAGACAGGCAACUGGAGCCCAGAGAGACCCUACCCCGACCAUCUCCAUGACAACAGACACAACCCGCAGACGCUAGAGAUGAGAAAGAUGGGGCGGGACGGGUACUUGGAAACUGAGCCCUGUCACCCAAUGCGAAUGGACAGGCAUGGUCGGACCAUCUCCAUGCCCCGCCUCUCAGACGACAACCAAACCAUAACAGACACCAGCCCCAUGCGUCGGUCCACCUCCUCUCUGGGAGAGGGGGUGAGGCUGGAUGACUACAGCCUGGAGAGGGUAGAAGGAGAGGGGAGGCACGGUGGGGGAGCAGGAGGGGGACAACGCAGGGACAGGAGGGACAGGAGCCACCGCACCUCUCAGAGGUCCCUUACCAGAUACACAGACGCAGACACAGGGUUGGGCACAGACCUGAGCACUACCACCCAGUCUGGAGAACUCCCCCCCAAAGAGCGUGAACGCGAACGCGGUCGAGCCAAAGACCGCAGGCACCACCAUCAUCACCACCACCACGGUGGCUCCAUGGAGAAGGAGGGGCGCUUCGGGCCAGACAGACACGGGCCAGAGUUCACCCACAGACACCCCCACGACCGGGGGGACAGACACUGGUCCCGCUCUCCUAGUGAGGGGCCCGACGGACGGGGCCACAGACAGGGCAGUAGCUCGGUGAGCGGCAGCCCCGUCCCCUCCACGUCCGGUACCUCCACCCCCCGCCGCGGGCGCCGACAGCUGCCCCAGACCCCCGCCGUGCCACGCCCCCACGUCACCUACUCCCCAGCCAUACGACACCCCAAGCCCACCUACGGAGCAGGUCCCCCUGGACGACUCCGCUCCCCCUCCCCCCGACACUUCUCCCCCCCAGAGCACGACGGAGGGGGGUAUCACCGCCCGCCAUCGCGUCACGUUUCCCCGCUUGAGCAUGGAGGGUCGAGGCACGGGUCUCCAAGAUCGGCCCGGCACCAGUCGGGGUCUCGUUCACCUCCGCCCCACCAUGGGUCACCCCGGUCCCCCCGCCACGGGCGCUGGAGCGGUCCCCCUCCCGGGGAUAGUCUGGAGAGCGAGGGCGGCCCAUUCUAUGAGCGUGACUGCGAGUACGAGCGCCAGCAUGAGCCGCCCGCCUACGAGCAGAGCCUCAGCAAUCCACAUCCCCACGGCAAACCCCACCCGCACGGCAACCCACACCUGCACGGCAACCCGCACCCACGCUCCCCCAGGACUGCCCGGCACGGGGGCGGCGUGGGCCCACCACCUCCACUUGCUCCCACUCACCCCCGACGAGUCCCAAAUGGUUACCGCUCGUCUUCGCCCUCCCCGCACCGGCGAGGGCCCCCACAUCAACACCCCAAUCCAGGGGGACCACCCCACCGGUCCCCUCCUCAUCACCGGGUCCCCCAUGGAGGCCCCAGAGGCCCCCGGAAGGGACUGCACGAACCCUACAGCGAGACGGACGAGGACGACUGGUGCUAGCACAGCGAAGGAACAGAAGAACGAGGGAGGAGAGGAAGAGAGGAAAAGGAGGGAGGAGAGGAGUCUCUCCAUCUCCCCCGUCCUCUGUUCUUCGUUAUGCAGACUUGAAUGAAGGGUAAAGGGAUGCAGAAGGGGGUGAGGACGGAAAGGAGGAGAGGAGAAUUUGGGAGAAGUCUCUCCAUCUCUCUACCUCCACCCCUGAGACUCAGACUUGGAUGGAAUGAUGAGGGAUGGAGGGAUGGUUAGAGGAGAGGAGGCACACUGUGUGGGUGUGUGAGACUCUAAACUCAGAGCAGACAUGACAAAGAGAGAUAAGGCAGAACUACGCACCUCUCCUCUUCUCCUCUGUCUCAACUACCAUACCCAGAGUUCUCAGCGUGCCCA